AUAACUCUAAAUUUCAGAAUGACACCACGCUGCUCUUGUCAGGUGACAUGGGACCUGCGCUGCGCCUACCAAGCAAGAUGCAAUACACGCCAUUCAACGAGCAGGGAAGUGCGAUGAGACCUUGCUAGGGAAAUGUACUGCUACAGAAUACUUAGAGUAACUAUGGACCCCCGUCACAGUGCCCAAGAUGUCGUCCGAUGUGACCUUUGUGAGACAGCUGUAGUACAGAUGUACUGUGAUUUUUGCCAUGUCAACCUAUGCAUUGCCUGUAUAGGAAAACACGUUGUUGAUGACUAUCAAAAACACAUAGUGGUACCAUUCCAAAACCGAAAAUCUACCUUGAUCUAUCCAAAGUGUAGCACACAUCAAAACAAAACAAGUAAAUAUCAUUGCAAGGAAUGUGACAUGUCUGUCUGUUCAAUGUGUACUAUAUCUGCAGACAAACACAAGGGUCAUACAUUUUCAGUUCUUUCUGAAAUCUACAAUGAAAGAAAAGCAGGCAUUGCCAAAGAUUCAGAGGAGAUAGAAAAUAUUAUUUCUCCAACAUAUGAAGAAGUGGUCACUGAUUUAGAAACUCAAAUAACCAACUUGGAUGGGGAAUAUGCAAAAUUCAAGACAGUAUUCACAAAAUAUGGAGAGGAAUUGCAAAAAGAAAUUGACAAUGUCAUCAACAAAAUGAAAAAUGAAAUAGAAGAGAUGAAAAUCAAACACCUGGAAAUUCUGAAGAAACAUUUGGAUGAAAUUAAGCAGAUACAGUCCCUUAUUGAGCAAUCACUGAUUACUCUGAAGAAAAUGGAGAAAUCCAAUGAAGUGUCUGUGACCAUGGAAUACAGAUCCAAAAACAAAGAAUUCAGAAAACUUCCUCCCAAAGUCCGAGUCUCCCUGCCUACAUUUAGUCCAAACACGAUAGACAGUGAACAGCUUUUCAAGUCACUGAGAUCUUUGAUACCAUUAUCAAUUACCAGAGAUGACAAUGGCUACACAUGCACACUGAUGAAAGCAGAAACCUCACCCAAAGAACUGAUUGACGAACCAGAGCUUGUCGCUACAAUAAAUACUGGGUAUGAAAACCUCCGCAGUGUUACCUGUCUGAGUGAAAAAGAAUUCUGGACAUGUGCAGAAGUCGUUGAUAUGAAAUGCUUUAAUGUUCAAGGUACAGUUAUCAAUGCAAUCAAAACAAAAACAACAGAACGGCCGUGUGAUAUAGCAGUGACAGGUGAUGGGGAUCUAGUGUACUCUGAUAGGACAACAAAGACUGUGAAUAAAGUGAAGAGUGGACAGACAGAGGAGAUGAUCAGACUACAGGGCUGGAAACCCGGCAAUCUCUGUGUCACCCCCUCUGGUGAUCUCCUGGUUACUGUGUACAGUGAUGCUAAAACACAAUCCAAAGUUGUCCGUUACUCAGGUUCCACAGAGAAACAAACAAUCCAGUAUGAUGAUAAGGGUAAGCCUCUAUAUUCAGGAAAUAGUAAAAUUAAAUACAUCAGUGAGAACAGAAACCUGGAUAUCUGUGUGGCUGAUGCAGAAGCUGGUGUAGUAGUGGUGGUCAAUCAGUCAGGAAAACUCCGAUUUAGAUACACUGGUCAUUCUACUACCAAAAACAAAGCAUUCGUACCCUGGGGAAUCACAACAGACAGCCAGAGUCAGAUCCUGACAGCAGACGGUGGUAACCACUGUAUCCACAUCCUGGACCAGAAUGGACAGUUCCUCCGCUAUAUAGAUAACUGUGAUCUGAAGAACCCAUUAGGUUUAUGUGUGGACAAAAGUGACAAUUUGUUUGUUGCUGAGUUUAAUGGUGGAAAUGUGAAGAAAAUCAAAUAUCUACAAUAAAUACUGUUGUUUAUAGCCAAGUUGAAAUAUUGAGGUAAAUGGUUAAAACUUAUUUCAUCUGCCAGGAUGCUUGGAGAGUGAUAUGGAGAUUGCGAAAUCUCAAUUUUGGACAAUCCUUUCCAGACUUCACUGCCUGUCCCAUCUCUAAAAGUUGCCAGGAUGUGUGGAGAAUGAUACAGAGAUUUCGAAAUGUCAAUUGUAGACAAUCCACUCCAGACUUCUCUGCCUGUCCCAUCUCUAAAAGUUAUCAGGGUGACAAAUUAAUUCUGAAAUGGAUGUCCAACUUCUAAAACACAACAAAUAACAAACUUUGCUGAUAGCAGAUCUUAUUGGUAUGUUAUCUCACAAAUCAAGUUUUAUGAUGAAUGGCAUCAUCUUAUCCUUCCUUUUGUAGAGAUUUUUUUCAUACAUUAAUUUUGUUAUAUUUCUCCCAGAAUUUUAGGAUAUGUAUUAUUCCAUGAAACCUGUGUACACCUGUUCACUUUAUUUAUUUUGAUGAGGCAUGUCUAUUGCAAAUUUGUGUACAUUAUGUCAGAACUAUCUUGUGUUUGUAGCAAAGAAAAUGUUUGUACUUGAUACUGAGGUUUCUAACGACAGUGGUAUGUACUGACCUCAGCUCAGGUCAUUUGGUCGUCAUGAGAAACACAUGUAGCAGUCAGUUGGGUUGAAACGAUUUGAUCGCCGGUGGCCAGAAAGCUUAGCUUGUAGAGCAAAUGACUAGAGAUUCAGGAGGUCCGGUUCGAAUUCCAGCCUAGUCCGCUGCAUUUUCUUCCUUCCUGUUAAACACACCAUGUAUUUCAAGCAUAGAUCAUGUAUUUGGAGAUCAAGAUGUUCACAUUGAUAAAGUUCUGAAAUGAUAAUGUAGAUUGCAGGGAGGUUCACCUGAAAUAUCAUAAAGAGGUGAACACAAUUUAUAUGAAAUAGAUCUUGUUUUGUCUCAUGUACUAUUUUGGUUCAGAAAAAUAUGUUUUAUGUUUGGAUGAAUAAAUGAUUGCAGGUGAAAAUAAA